AAAGAGUGGGAGCCUCACAAUCAGGCUGCAAUGGGCAUUGUCACUGCACAAUGCUCCUUUAUUCUGCUGCUGUCUAUAAGGCACCGGGAUCUGGUCCAACCUCCCUGCCUCUUCUGCCCAUUAAGCAGUCAAAUAGCUGAAAGUCCUCAUAAUCCUGUGCGCCCGGGCCUCUGCCCUGAAGGUGAGAUAGCCACUGUCGCUAUGGCCCACAUCAUCGACCCGGUGCCCUGGGACGAUCGUUGCAAUCACGUGUGUGCAUCCCCCGUCAUCCCGCUCCCGCUGGAGCGGCAGCACAGGCAGCUGGCCAGCGUGAAGAGGCAGCUCUACCACCCAGCCCUGCCCACCCUGCGCCGCAUGGACAUGGACACUGUCAAGGCCUGCCUGCCAGACGAGCAUUGCCAGACCACCACCUACUGCCGCAAAGAUGAGUUCGACAACGCCCAUUUCACACUCCUCGGGGUCCCCAACAAACCCCUGCAUUGUUUGGACAUCGCGGCGGCGGGCCGGAAGCUCCACCGCAGGUGCCGUGAGGGAAAGCUGGCGCCCAUCGCGCCGGGCAUCAACCGGGUCGCCUGGCCCUGCUUCACGCGCGCGAUUGAGGACUGGUCCCGCCUGGUGUCCUCGGCCGGGGAGUUCAAGCUACCCUGCCCAAGCAAGAGGGUCGAGGGUUUCAGCGGCUACGCGGUUCGGUACUUGAAGCCCGAAGUGACCCAGAGCUGGCGGCAGGGAGCUCUGUGUGGGGCGUGGGCGGCAGGGGGGGUCCAUGCUUCCCCACUCACCGCUGCCCAUCCCUGUGACCCGCCCCAGUAUUGCCUCAACCAGAACCCCAGCCUGGACCGCUACGGACAGAAGCCCCUGCCUUUCGACUCCUUGAAUACCUUCCGCCGCUUCGGCUCCCACUACAGUCGUGUCAACUACGUGACUCCCUGGCAUUAAUCUGUGGAAAGGAGGCGACCUCCAGGCUGCUGGACUGUGCCACCUCAGGUCCCCUGGCCAGACAGAGGGCAUAUGGUGGCACCACCCAUCUCCCCAGGGGUUCAUCCUAACUAGAAAUAAACCUGAUGCUCCCUCAG